UUGGGUGGCCCCGGCAGUGCCUGCUUGCCGCGGCGCGGGGCCCUUCUGCGGGGCUGCCCCCGGCGCGCCUGCGCGCGGGCCCGGCCGGUUCCGGUGAGCUCUGAGGCGGCGGAGCGGGCGGACAUGGCGGAGGGCGGCGCGGAGCGGGCCGAUGGCCGCAUCGUCAAAAUGGAGGUGGAUUACAGCGCGACCGUGGACCAGAGGCUGCCCGAGUGCGAGCGGCUGGCGCAGGAAGGAAGAUUGCAAGAAGUCAUUGAAAACCUUCUCUCCCUGGAAAAACAAACACGGACGGCUUCUGACAUGGUCUCCACAUCCCGAAUCUUAGUUGCCAUAGUGAAAAUGUGUUACGAAGCUAAAGACUGGGAUGCUCUUAAUGAAAACAUUAUUCUUCUAUCAAAGAGAAGAAGUCAGUUAAAACAGGCAGUUGCUAAAAUGGUCCAGCAGUGCUGCACUUACGUUGAAGAAAUCACAGACCUGCCAGUCAAACUGCGCUUAAUCGACACGUUGCGCAUGGUCACAGAGGGAAAAAUCUACGUGGAAAUUGAGCGCGCUCGCCUGACAAAGACACUUGCAACAAUAAAGGAACAGAACGGGGAGGUGAAAGAGGCGGCCUCGAUUCUGCAAGAGUUGCAGGUGGAAACCUACGGUUCAAUGGAAAAGAAAGAACGUGUAGAAUUUAUCUUGGAGCAGAUGAGACUCUGUCUAGCUGUAAAAGACUAUAUUCGGACUCAAAUUAUCAGCAAAAAAAUUAAUACAAAAUUUUUUCAAGAAGAAAACACAGAAAAACUAAAGUUGAAAUACUACAACUUAAUGAUCCAGCUGGAUCAACAUGAAGGCUCCUACCUCUCCAUCUGUAAGCACUACAGAGCCAUUUAUGACACUCCCUGUAUCCAGGCUGAAAGUGAAAAGUGGCAACAGGCACUGAAGAGCGUUGUUCUUUAUGUUAUUCUUUCACCUUAUGACAAUGAACAGUCUGAUUUGGUGCACAGAAUUAGUAGUGACAAAAAGCUAGAAGAAAUCCCCAAGUAUAAAGACCUCCUAAAACUAUUCACCACCAUGGAGCUGAUGAGGUGGAGUGCCCUAGUUGAAGAAUAUGGGAAGGAGUUGAGAGAAGGAUCCCUUGACAGUCCUGCAACAGAUGUUUUUGGCUGUACAGAGGAAGGUGAAAAGAGAUGGAAAGAUUUAAAGAACAGAGUUGUGGAACAUAAUAUUAGAAUAAUGGCUAAAUAUUAUACCAGAAUUACAAUGAAGAGAAUGGCACAACUCCUGGAUCUGUCCGUUGAUGAAUCGGAGGAGUUCUUAUCUAACCUAGUAGUUAAUAAAACCAUCUUUGCUAAAGUAGACAGGCUGGCAGGAAUUAUCAAUUUCCAGAGGCCUAAGGACCCAAACAAUCUACUCAAUGACUGGUCUCACAAGCUCAACUCCCUCAUGGCCCUAGUUAACAAAACCACACAUCUCAUUGCCAAAGAAGAGAUGAUCCAUAACCUGCAGUAAGGUGCCUCAAUAAUCUCAGUGCUUUUAAAGAAGGCAUUAAAUCUUCAUAAUAGAGACUAUUAUUACAAGUGUGUAUAUGGUUUGUUUUCUCCCUGUCAAGCCUUCCUGGUCUAAAAUUUAGAACAUAAUUCUGAAAUUCCUGUUGACAAUUAAGUUCCCUUGAUUAUUCAUUCAGUUGUUAAAUGUUUUUGCUACACUUGGUGAAAGAACAGAAUAAAACUGUAUUGCCUGUAUAAUAA